CAAAAAGAAGCAUUCAAUACUUAUAAUUGCAUUUUUUCGCUAAGAUAAUGAAAUCGUUCAUUUCUUUAAAAACCAUGUGCACUUUUUUGUGAUAUCACGUGUCAUCAUGAGUAUUAAACUGCAUUGGGACAUAAAGGUGAAAUUUAGUAUGACGCACAAGCACUGUUAUCCAGUCAAAAUAGCAGAUUCUUCUGAAACAUAUGAGGAAUGUAAUUAUUUCUAUAUAUUUGCAGGAUUGCAUUUAAAGAUAGAAAUAUGUCUCCAUGAUGUGUGUGCGAGUUAUUGCGCGUAUUGUUCGUUUUAUAUACAAAAUCUUGUGGAUAGUUUUGCUGUCAAUUGCUUUGCUAAAUUUUUGUAUCGUAGUAAAGCAUCUGUAUAAUUCAAAUCAUACAAAUAGAGGAAUGGAAGACAGUACAAAUACGUGGUUUCUCGUCCUGUGUACAACAUUUGUGCCUACCGAAAGGCGAAAUAUCGUGUACAAUAACACCAUGAAUAACUGGAGAACACUAGGUUCUGAUAUAUUACCUGUGCUUUUUUUAAGUGAUGAAUACAAAAAUGUAAGAGAUACAUUUAUAAGAAACGGAUGGAAAGUUUUCCCGAUUGAGCAUUCUACAUUAGACGGAACGCCCAUUUUACGUAAUUUUUUAUCAGUCAUACAACGAAGUUUCAAAUCGAAGUACGUUGGUUAUGCAAAUGCUGAUAUUCUCUUCACAGCUGACUUAAAAAGCUCUCUUUAUUUGAUUGACAAGCAUAGACAAGUUAUUCCAGAUGAAAACGUUAUAUUCAUAUCAGGAUGUCGCUUUGACAUUGAAAAUAUUACAUCAAAAGAUAUUUCCACGUAUGACAAAAUACUACAGAUAAAAGAAGACUCUAAAAAGCACCCGCCCUCAGGACAAGAUUAUUUUAUUACAGAUUUCAAUUAUCCAUGGGGAGUGAUACCCGAUGUUGUUGUGGGGAAACACAAAAUUGACAACUGGUUAUUAAUAAAUGCCAUUGAAAAUAAUCAUACAGCCAUUGAUGCCUCGGUUUCAAUUACAGCAGUUCAUCAAACUGUUGACUUGGGUUCAUGGGAAAGUAGUAAAAUAAAUUCUAGUUCGAGUGACCAUUUGUACAACGAAAACCUUUUGCAGUCAGCAUUUGGUCCUAUUCAUUUCGCCAGUGGAAAUCUCGAUUGCUUGCCACUCUAUAUGACGUAUACUUACGGGGGAAAAGAUAGUGUGCUUAUAGAAAGAACUGUAUACCCUGUUUACUGUAUUAGACAGCAGGUUUUCAGAGAUUUGAUUGAAUUGGAAAGGAAAAAUGCAGAAUUGCAACGUAAAGAACGUGAAAUACGACUUCAAAGCAUGUUAACAAAGCCUAAAAUUAAGGCUACUAAACCAACAGUUCUAGUUAAACACAUUCAUAUCACACCAAAAGAUGGUGGAGGAAAUAAGGAACAAGUCGGACAACAAUUACAUGCACCAAAUCCUAGUUCUCGAUGUCAUCUUUGUUUUCAAGAAUUAAAUCAAUUACGAGACAUAAUAGAAAAUGUAUGUAAGCAAAACUACUAACAUGCUUCGGCGAAGAAAAUAAACGGAGAUGUAAAAAAAGAUUGUAUAUAAAACGUUUUAAGUAAUUUGCAAUGUAUAAAUAGCAUAUAUAGGACAUAAAGAUAUGCUCAUUUGUCUCUGCAAUAUGAUUC